GAGUUGAGAAAUAGACGACGGAGAAGAGAAGAGAGCUUCGUCGUCGUCUUCUUCUUCGUCGACUCCAUGAAUCUCAUCAAAACGGUUCAAUACCAGUCCACCAUUUCUCAAUUUAACCGUUUUGCCCCUACGCACUCCUUUGCUUCUUCAUCUUCUUCUUCGUCUUCUUCUCUGUCACUCUCUCUACAAAGACCCAGAAUCUCUCUAGUUUCUAUCUCUAACCGAAGCUGUUUCGCAAUCUCGAGCGUCUCUGGUGCUUCUAUCUCAGGUAUUCAAGAGGAUGGGAAGAAAGAAGAAGCCGUGGAGGAAGGAGAUGAAAUGGUUUAUCAAAAAACGCUAAGAUUAGUGGAGUGUGCCAUGUUCGCUGCUGUCACAGGCCUCGUUUACUUUCUCAGCAAUUCUCUCGCUAUUGAGAACUACUUUGGAUGUUUCUUCUCGCUGCCAAUUGUGAUAUCUUCGAUAAGAUGGAAUGUUGCAGGAGGCAGGAAGACAAUGGUUGCUACUGUAAUGCUGUUGUUCAUAUUAUCAGGUCCGGUCAAAGCAUUAACUUACUUUCUUACUCAUGGUCUUGUUGGGCUUGCACUAGGAUCCUUGUGGAGGAUGGGGGCAAGUUGGCGUCUCUCGAUCUUCUUGUGCACAAUGGUUCGAGCAUUUGGUCUCAUAGGCUAUGUUCUGACAUCAUCGUUUUUAAUAAGAGAAAACAUUCUCGCUGUGAUCACAAUUAACAUCCACGCCGCUCUGUCUUAUGUUUUCACGGCCAUGGGCCUGAACAUAAUGCCUUCAAUGAGCUUCAUUUAUAUGAUAUUUGGGACAGUGCUGUUGCUAAACAGUGGAUUCUUUGUGCUGUUGCUGCAUCUGCUAUACUCCAUCUUCCUCACAAGACUCGGAAUGAAAUCCUCGUUGAGAUUACCAGCUUGGUUGGACAAAGCUAUAUGAUCGGGAUCAGAUUCUCUGCUCAGCUCCUCCUAUUUUUCGCAGAUCCCUUGGAGAAUCCAAACAUGGUUAGAGCAAUUCCGGUGGAACAUAUGUAAUACUUACUUAUAAAGUUGGUGGUGGUGUCUUUAUGCAUAUACUGUAUGAUGGUUAAAAAGGCCAUAUGGACUCAGCUCAUCAGUCAUUAUCACCUUCUAUGAUGAAACAAACAACAUCCAUGAUUCAACCCAAUGUAAAAUCAAGUAGUCGCAUUGUAUCAUUCUCUUGGUACAUCAAUUUUAUGGGUAAUAUAUUCUUUUGUCAUUGCAAAGUUGAA